ACUUACCGUAAAAGAACCUAAAUAUGAUAAUGGAACACAAUUAAAUUCUCCGAGUGAGCCCAGCGCGUUCCGCAUUGCUCAUUGUUGCACUUACGAUGUCUGCAAGAUUACGUAAUCUUAACCCCUAUGAAUUGCAUAAAUACUUAGUUAAUGUAUACUGUCUCAAUACGAAGGGCUCUACCACAGCUUUAAAACGGGACACCUCCAAGGACAGAACUGAUCUUGACAUCAUAAGGGAAAACUACAAGUUCUUAUGGGACGAAGAUGAUGUCGCUGACACAUGGGAGAAGCAACUAGCAAAAAAAUACUACGACAAGCUUUAUAAAGAGUAUUGCAUUUGCGAUUUAAGCAGAUAUAAAGAAAACAAAGUAGCACUGCGGUGGCGCAUUGAGAAAGAAGUUGUACUUGGAAAGGGUCAAUUUCAAUGCGGUAAUAAGACGUGCCAUAGCGAUCAUGACCUAAAGUCGUGGGAGGUCAACUUCGCUUAUAUAGAGGACAACGAGAAGAAAAACGCACUAGUAAAGCUUCGGCUGUGUCCAACAUGUUCGGAUAUGCUGAACUACCGUUCGAAAAAGCGCGAAAUUAAAAGACUGAAGAAAAGCCACAGAAAAAAUAAAAAGUCUAAAAGAACAGUUAACGAAGUGGACGAAGAUCAAAAGCAAGAUCCUGAGCCUUCUGAAGAAGUCAUCGAACCUUCCACUUCAACGGAAAUGACUGUGUCAUCACAACCCGAAGAUGAGUCCUUAUGGAAAAAAGGUAUACAAGAAAUUGAAGAAAAGUCUAGAGAAGAGGAAUUCGAAGAAUAUUUAGAGGAUCUACUACUAUAAUUAAGUAUAAAUAAAAAUGCACAUAAAUGUAA